AUGAUCAAUCGCAAAAAGAAAGAAACUGUUACUUUACCUUUAAAUCAUUAUGACAAACAUGCUGAUAAUUCAAAAAGCAAAAAAUUACAUACCACAGGUUACAAAGAAAAAGAUGCAGCUGCUACUUCACAUAAAAACCAGCAAGAAAAAGUUGCUUCUUCAUCUUCAAAUAAUCUUCAAACUAUUGAUAACAUUUUAAAUAGUUUCAAUGAUAGCACUGAAACAAAUCAUGAUGACGAAAAUAUAAAUUAUAAUAAUAAAAUUGCAGAGACCGAAUUUUCUUAA